CAAUAACAGGUACACCCUUCGCCCAAAUUUGUCACCUUUUAUCCAUUCUCUCUCCCUCCUCCCCUUCAAUUCUCUCGGCUUCCAUUUUUUUUUUCUCUUAGUUUGUUUUUUUGGUAUCUUCAUUGUGAAUGUUUGCCUUCUUUUUGUUUUGUUUUUUUUUUUCUCACUGAAUUUCUUAGCUAUAAUUGAUUUUCUCUUCAAAUUAAACAUUUUGCUAUGUUUCUGUUAUUCCUUCAUCAUUUUCUCAAGUGGGUAUAUGCUUAAAUUUGAGUGUCCCUGUAUUUCGUUUCCAUAAAUUCUCUUCUGCCUCCUCUAUUAAUAAAGCUAAUGUCAAAAGGGUUCCGAUUUAUUGAGAAAAUGGUCAGUUUUUGCAAGUGGGUGUUAUUUGAUUUUGUUUGUUUGUAGCCGCUUUGUUCUGUGUCUAAAUAGUGUUCUGUUCGUUUUAGAAAACAAAGGAAUUUUAUUCGAGAAUGUCCCUGGCUUUAAAAAUUAGCAGUCUUUAUUUAUUUAUUUAUUUUUUGUAAAGAAUUUUGUUUUGGUAUCCUGGUGAAAACCUUAUUCGCCCUCUAGUUGUGGUGCUGGGAUGAAAGCUUCAGUUGGAGAGAAUGGGAAGGGUGAAGCUAAAGAUAAAGAGGUUAGAGAGCACCAGCAAUCGGCAAGUGACCUAUUCAAAACGAAGGAAUGGGAUCUUGAAGAAAGCUAAGGAAUUGUCUAUAUUAUGCGACAUAGAUAUUGUCCUUCUCAUGUUUUCUCCAACGGGAAGGCCUACUUUAUAUCAAGGAGAGCACAGCAACGUUGAAGAUGUUAUUGCAAAAUUUGCUCAAUUAACUCCGCAGGAAAGGGCCAAAAGGAAAGUGGAGAGCCUUGAAGUAUUGAAGAAAACCUUCAAGAAGUUGGACCAUGAUGUGAAUAUGCAAGACUUUUUGGGUUCAAGCACUCAAACAGUUGAGGAGUUGACCAAUCAAGUUAAGUUUUUGCAAGCGCAACUUACAGAAAUACAUAAUAGAAUGAGCUAUUGGAGUAACCCUGAUAAGGUUGAUAGCAUAGAAAAUCUUAGUCAGAUGGAAGAAUCGCUAAAAGAGUCUAUUAACCAAAUCCGUCUGCAAAAGGAAAAUUUUGGGAGUUGCCAACUUGUGCGACUAGAAUGCAGUAGCCAGUUUCAGAAUGGAAUGGAUUUACCUUUGAUGAUAAAUGGCAUGCAAGAGGCCCAACCACUAUCAUGGCUUCCAAACAAUGGCAAUCAGCAUCUGAUAUUAUCCAAUGAGCAGAACUUUUUGCCUCAAAGAGAUAAAGAAUGCUCAACUGAUGCAUCCCUUCCAGGCUAUUCUGGUUACUAUGAUACUGGCAAACAUACUGAAAUUGGAAAUCCGAGACCAGUUGAUAACAUCGGGCAGGGCAGUGCUGUUUUUAGCAAUUUAAGUAGUAAUACAUGUUUAAGUGUACAACUUGAUGAACAGUUCUCAUACCCUCCAUUUAGUAGUUUAAAUUUGCCUGAAGUUAAGAAAAUGAAGCCUGAGAUGCAGAUGAACUCCCAAGGAAUCUGUUCUGUCCAUCAAGUUAAUAGCAAUUUUGAACUUCCUAGAUCUAUAUAUGAAAAUGGUCAUCAUACUUGGGUUUCUGCAUCUGGGCCUUGCAGCAUUGCAAUGUUUAGUGAGAACCAAUAUCACCAGCAACCAAAUUGACUCUGUGAGUUGAACAUUAUUUUUCCCUGAUGGGAGGAGUGAUUGUUGGAAGAAUUAAUGGUGUAGUUCUGUAAUGUGUUCUGGACCAGCCGUUUAUGGCCAGAGAGGUUUUAGGACAGGAUUUUGUUAUAUGGAAGACAAAUCAACGCAGAAAUGUAGAGCCAUCUGGAUGUUCUGGGCCAUCCAAUUUGUUAGGCUGUUAGCUGUAUAUAUGUACAUAUUUACCAGGUCAUCUGUAUAUAUGUACUCUACGUUUUAUAAUCAUACUUAUAGCAAGAAUGAGUUUCUGGCAACAGGCUUCUGUCACACAAGCUGUAUAUCUAUAAUUUUGCAGAAAAUGAAAGCAAUUUGAUCCGUA